ACUCAGCUGACAGGCCUCUCCGCAAUAACCUCAGCUGAAGAGAAUCCCCUGGUCUAAGGGUGCCCCUCCUCUCUGGGCAGCCACACCCCUGAUUGAUCAGUGGGUUAAAGACCCAUCUGCUCACCAGAGCUGAGCCUGGAGCCCAGGGCCUGCCUGCACCCCAGUGCUCCUUCCCUUCAGGGGAUGAGAGCCAGAGCUCACCCCCCACACACUCCCUGCUGCUGGUCCACGUGGAGGCCUUUUCCUGGGCCUGGGAGCUGAGGCCUCCGGCCCCAGAGACUGGGCCCCAGAAAGCAGGAGCUAGACGGGAUUCUGGAGUUGGACCUUGGCUGCCGCUACCAUUCAAGACCCUUCGCCAUGAGUGGAGGAGGCACCAUCACAAGGCUGUGGGGUCCCGGCCAUUCCCCCAGUUGUCAGUGGCAUACAGAGGAUCGUCAAUGGGGAGGAUGCUCGUCCCGGCUCCUGGCCCUGGCAGGUGUCUCUGCAGGACAGCAGAGGCUCCCACUUCUGCGGGGGCUCCCUAAUCAACCAGAACUGGGUGGUCACCGCCGCCCACUGCAAAGUCAGGUUUUCAGGCACUCCGGGUUUAGUGAUAACUCCAUGAGCAAUGACAUCGCCCUGCUGAAGCUGGCCACGCCCGCUCGCCUCACUGAGACAGUGUCCCCCGUGUGCCUGCCCAGAGCUGAUGAUGACUUCCCCGCCGGGUCCCUGUGUGUCACCACAGGCUGGGGCAGGACCCAUUACCUUGGCACAGGCUCCAGCACGCUGCAGCAGGGUGCCAUACCGCUCCUGUCCAACGCCGACUGUAUGCGUCACUGGGGCAGCAAGAUCACCGACACCAUGGUCUGUGCAGGAGGCAAAGGUGUCACGUCAUGCAUGGGCGACUCUGGCGGCCCCUUGGCCUGCAAGAAGGACGGAGCAUGGACCCUGGUGGGCAUCGUGUCCUUUGGAAGCAGCACCUGCUCCAUUCACAUCCCUAGCAGCUACAGCCGUGUCACCAAGCACAUACCCUGGAUUCAGCAGGUGUUGGCUAACAAUUAAGUCCUGGUUCCACCCACCCCAACCUCUAGUGGCCCCAAUAAAAACCCCUGUACAGAGCCCUGACCCCUGGUGUCUGUACCUGGAGCGGUGGCUGCAGUGCCCCUGCCCCCCACCAGGGGGCGGCG